UCCGGUGGAGUCUGAAGGCAGCAGCUCUGCUGCUUUCACUGCUUCUCAGUCCUGCUAGUAGGACGCUCCUACGACGGCUGCAACUGCGGAGAAAUCUCCCUUCUCUCUACUUUUAAUGAAGAUGACAUAGCUUCAAAAAAGCCUCUGCUGACCAGGGAUCAGCUGAAGCAAUAACAGAGACCCUCCUACCUCGACUGGCUUCAUCAGCACUGCUCUCUUCAGAUGGGAGGUCACAAUCUGCUGGUCCGCUUCACCCAAAUGCACAAUCUGCAUUCCGCCCUCAUAUAAAGAUGGCCGCCCGUGGCCUUUUCUUGCACCUGAACACCCCGGAGCAGAGCUGUGCGCUACCAUGGUGAUCAUUUUCUCAAAAACACUGGAAAAGAAGAAGGGUGCGAAUGAUGUAACGUCCAAGAGCUCCAACAGACAGCUGAGUGAUCUCCGCACCAUGAGCAGAGGGACCACCCUCUUCUCCUGUGGAACAGUCGAGGCAGAUAGAUGGUUGGACCUGGGACGAAGCUGUGCCAUCCAGGAGAAAGCUCGAGAUUCCAGUUUGGAGAGCCUGUGGGAUGUGGGACCUGAACCUGGAGGCUUGCACUGGGCCAAAGAACCAGGCAGCACUACCGCUAUCACCAGUCUGAUAAGAGAUCUCACCCUGGGAAACAGGAUCAGCUCUCAUGGGACCCCCCCUACCCCAACACAUUUCAUAAGCGGCACCCAGACUCCUGCGGCCCCUCCGAGCAAACGGCAGUGUCGCUCCCUGUCGUUCUCAGAUGAGUUCAGUGGGUCCCGCUCAUCCUGGAGGCCUCAAGGCUCCAGAGUGUGGACGUCUGUGGAGAAGCGUAGGUACCAUAGCGGAGGGAGCGUGAGAGGAGGAUCAAGCCAUUUCCCUCCAAUGCAGCGCAGCUCCAGCUUCAGUUUGCCUUCAUGCUCGAGCUCAGCCCCAGAGGGAACCCGGGACCCGCCACUCUUCAACCAGCAGCUGCCUCUUCACCUUCAGUUCACUGCCUCCUCUGUGUCCCCUAACUCCGUUUUCUCGCACCACUCACACAGUCAGGCCUUUCUCCGGCCUUUAUCCCUUUCCCACGAGCAAAUCAGCCUGACAGAGCUUCAGCAAGAAGAGGCAUCUGAGAGCAGCUCGCCAGACUCCACCCCAGAGCUGGGAAGGAGAGGUGCCGGAAAGGGGAGUCUGUCUCGAAGCAGGUCUCAGCCCUGUGUGCUGAAUGACAAAAAGAUUGCUAUGAAGCGCCGAAGACCAGAGGAUGCCCAGGAGCAGCGUCCCUCCCUGGAUUUGGCAAAGAUGACUCAGAAACUACAAACCUUUCAAAGCUUAAGCUGGCCUGGAUUCUCAUCCUCCGACAGCUUCAAAUCCAACCUGAGCGCGCCUUCGUUUGAUUUCGCCGGCCAAUCGGAGACUGACUUCGCGGCUGUCUCAGAGCUGUCGCUGGAGUCGCGGGCGGAUAGGAUCGCAGACGACGGGGAAGAGGACUCAUCCUACGGGGAACUGGACAGUGAUUCUGCGUGCAGUGUGGACUCGCGGUCCGGUUCCCCUGAAUGCUGCAUUGAGGACAGUAAAUGCACCCUCUGGAAGGGUGAUCGCGGGAAGCAGAGGGACAUUUUCCAGCUUGGCGGGGAGCUAGAUCUUGAGCAAAUUGAAAGAAACUGAACAUUUCUUGUUGAACGUCACAUUUCAUAUUUUAAGAGGUGACUAAAGAGAUGAUAUGAAAGGGAUGAAAUGUUGAAAUGAUUAAGAAAGUAAUAGAAAAUGAAAGAUUAAGUAUGUUGCUGAAGAUUAGCUUCUGAAUUUCACAUAUGCCUUGAACAUUCUGCUUUAACAAAAGAAAAGCAGCAUCCUUUGAUAUUUUGUAUGAGUUCGUAAUUUGACUUGCCUCAGGAGCGGAAAAUUGGGGGGUUUCUGUCUUAAAAAGCAUCUCCUAACUCUCAAUCUUUUCCAACCUGAGGCUCUUUCCAAAGUCAGCUCACCUUAGGUUUUUUUAGUACUGUAGUAGUAGCUGGGCUCAACUGUAUUCAGCUCAGAUUUGCUAUUUUUCAGAGUAAUCUGAGGGUUUGGAGUAAAAGGAGAAAGAAGUCUAUCAGAUGUUUUCGUCUUGUCUUUCUCCCUGAUUUGUUGAGCACACACAUGAAUAUUUUAUGUUUGAAUGUAGGCUGCAUAAGCUUUAUGAAGAGUUGGAAAUCAAAAAAAAAAAAAUCAAAAAGUGCCUUCUUUUGAAUGCUUGUUGUAGUUCUCUUCAAGGAGAAAUGCCUUACCUUAAAGCCACUGUCUCUGACGUUUAUGUGCAAAGUAUAUUUGAAUUAAACACUGAAUCUCCUUUUGGGUUCAAACAGCAUCGUGUAUUUUUCUACAUUUUGGGGUUUUUUAUGUGUUGUUUGAGAAGGAGGGAGAUUUCAUGGCCUUUCUUCGAACAGAAUGGAAAUAAAUUCACAACCUGCACUCAUA